CAAUGAGAAGACCUGAUUUGACACGGGAGGGAGCGGUGCGCCCUCCCGUGUAUUCAACAGCGAUGGAAGUUUUUUAUUAUUAAACUUCCGUAUAAACGUAACUGGUUCGGUUUAAUCGCGUUCGUUCGUUUUUACUUUGUCUCGUUUUUAUCGUGUUUUUAACCAUGAUUUGGUUCGGUAGAGUUGCCAAACUUCACUACGGAGUUGUCCGCUGUUCGCUCUCCUCUGCCUCUGGAAAAAGUUCCAGUGCGAUUCAAGUUCCCUACUUGUUCAGACAGUGGUGUAGAUAUGGGGCACCAAGACCAGUUCACUACUACAGCACCCUCCCACCUGCCACAGAUAUAUCUGUACAGUAUAAGUAUGGACGACCAGUGUUGUCUCUCCCCCUGCCGUCCCGUAGUGAAUUGUGUCAGUUCAGUCUGCGUCCCAUGUUGAUGACAGUAACAGACUUCCUGUCAGACAUUCAGAGAGAGGACCCUGGAGUAGUUACUGCAGCUGUACUGAGCACAGAUGGAGAGAGGGUAUGCUCUACCACCUCUAUAGACACAGUUCUCAAUCAAGACUUCCAGAUCCUCAUCAACAGCACCAUCUACAGGAUACACUCCCCGGGCAGAGAGUCUCCAGAACAUUCCACCAGUAUAGAUGACAUGAAGACAGUAGUCCACAUGCUCCAGUCAGCUCUCAACCUGCCAGAACACCAGCUACUGAGAAAGAUUCAGCUUCUCCGCAGACUGGAUACACUGAAACAGGAGCUGGAACCUCUGGAGAAGGUGCGGGCCCAAGUGGCUGGGAGGGCGGAGUCUCAGUCGAUGCGUGUAGAGUGGGCGGUGCUUGCCUUUCUUUCUCUACAAGGAAGCUUUCUGGGAUACCUGACUUGGUUUGUGUUUGCCUGGGACGUGAUGGAACCAGUCACCUACUUCAUCACCUACGCUACCAGCAUGGGCUUCCUGGGUUACUACAUACUCACUAAACAGGAGUUGCUCUAUCCAGAUGCUAAGGACCGUCAGUUUCUCCACUUCUUCCACAAGAGAGCAGCGAUGGAACACUUUGAUACACACAGAUACAACACACUACGAGACCAACUGGCUACGGUGGAGAGUGAUCUGAAACGCCUGAGGAACCCUAUCCAGCUACAACUACCAGUGGACCACAUUCAGCCCAGCAACUAAACACCACACACACUACACACUAUACACACUACACACACUACACACACUACACACUACACACACUACACACUACACACACUACACACCACACACACUACACACACUACACACCACACACACCACACACACUACACACUAUACACACCACACACACCACACACACUACACACUACACACUAUACACACUACACACUCUACACACCACACACACUACACACUAUACACACUACACACUACACACACUACACACCACACACACUACACACACUACACACUACACACUAUACACACUACACACUAUACACACUACACACACUACACACCACACACACCACACACACUACACACUACACACUAUACACACUACACACACUAAACACCACACACACUACACACUACACACUAUACACACUACACACACUACACACCACACACACUACACACUAUACACACUACACACACUACACACCACACACACUACACACUAUACACACACUACACACUACACACACUACACACCACACACACUACACACUACACACACUACAGACCACACACACUACACACUAUACACACCACACACACUACACACUAUACACACCACACACACUACACACACUACACACUAUACACACUACACACACUACACACUAUACACACCACACACACCACACACACUACACACUAUACACACCACACACACUACACACUACACACUACACCACACACACUGCACCAUACACACUACACACACCACACACUACACACACUACACACUACACACUCUACACCACACACACUACACACACCACACACACUACACACACCACACACACUACACACUACACACACCACACACUACACACACCACACACACUACACACACCACACACUACACACACCACACACACUACACACACCACACACUAUACACACCACACACACUACACACUAUACACACCACACACACUACACACUAUACACACACCACACACUACAGACUAUACACACCACACACUACACACUAUACACACCACACACACCACACACUACACACUACACACUACACACUCUACACCACACACACUACACACUACAUACACCACACACACUACACUACACACUACACACUACAAAAGGAGCAAUAUUGUAGCACCUUUAUUUGUUCCGUGUAACACCAGCUCUACAUUACAUCUCAGAGGGAUAUGGCAGAGGGAUAUGGCAGAGGGAUAUGGCAGAGGGAUAUGGCAGAGGGAUAUGGCAGAGGGAUAUGGCAGAGGCCUGGGUUCAAAUGAAUAUCAUUUCAGAGAUUUACUAUAUGAAAUUAAUUCAUCAUUUUUUUAUCUGUGCUUGAUUGAGCUUGUCUGGAUUAAUGGACCAAUAGAAUAGUCCCAAAACCUUAAACCCCGCCCAUUUGGCACUCCAGGCAGGCUAAAACAAACCAAAAUAUUUCAAAUAUUUGUGUGAACGUCUCUGUGGGAACACUGAAACUAACUCUUCUCAAAUAAAUAAAUACAUCGAUAUUCA